AUGCUCCCUAUUUCGAUCCUGAAAGGGUCUAUCACCCUGGCUGGCCUGCUGUUUCAGCCACAGAACGUUACCGGUCCCCUCCCAGGCCUUGUGAUCAUCCACCCCGGUGGUGGCGUCAAAGAGCAGACUGCUAGUCUCUAUGCUGAGAAGCUCUCGCAGCAGGGCUAUGUCACUGUCGCCUACGAUGCAGCCCACCAAGGUGACUCCGGAGGCCUCCCGCACUUCCUGGAAGACCCCAACUCCCGAGUCACCGACGCCUCAGCCGUGGUUGACUAUCUCCAGACCCUCGGCUCCGUCGACCCCGACCGUAUCGCUGUAGUCGGCAUCUGCGCCGGAGGAGGCUACGCAGCCGCCGCAGCCAAGGGCGACCACCGCCUGAAAGCAGUUGCAACAAUCAGCGCCGUCAACAUUGGCGACGGCAACCGCGAGGGCUGGUACGGAACCGACGACGCAGCCAGCCAGAUCUCGGUUCUCGAGCAAAUCACCGGGCCCAUUCAGGCUGAGGAUGUUAACGGUACCGAACCUGAAUACAUCAACUACGUGCCCCCCGUCCCGGAUGAGACCACCCCCUACGAUCUACGAGAUGCUGCGGACUACUACCUCACCCCGCGCGCGCAGCACCCCAAUGCCCGUAAUAUAAUGCUUGCGCGAUCGCUGCAGACGAUUCUGAAUUUCGAUGCUUGGGACUUCGCUGAUCUAUACCUUACCCAGCCGAUGCUUAUCAUCUACGGCGAUCUGGCAGAGAGCAAGUGGCAUUCAGAGAGGCUUUACAACAAGCUUCAGGGCAACAGCACCGCGCGUGUGAAUCGGUAUGUGCUUCGAGGAGGUCAUCAUGUGGACUUCUACGACCGCCCUGCCUAUGUCAAUCCUUCUGUUCAGAAGAUUGCCGACUUUUUCCGGCAGAUUUAG